AUGGAGCUGUUGCAAGUGAUUCCUAAUGAGGUGAAUAGGGAGGACUCUUCCAUAUUAGAAGCUAUCCCUGCCAGAGAAGAGAUUAAGAAGGUGGUAUGGGGGUUGGAUCCAGAUAGCUCUCCUGGCCCUGAUGGGUUUCCAGGAGCUUUCUUCAAACAGUGUUGGGAGAUAGUAGGUGACGAUUUUUGUGGGGCUGUGAUUGCUUUCUUCCACUGUGGGAAGCUUCCGAAUGGAGUAAAUAACAGUUUUGUGACGCUAAUUCCAAAGGUGGAGGGAGCGGUCUCUCUGGAUAAAUUUCGCCCCAUUUGUAUGGCAAACUUUUUCUGCAAAGUCCUAUCAAAGAUCAUGGCUGAGAGGUUAUCUUGCCUUCUCCCUCGAUUGGUGUCAGAUGAAGGGGGUGGCAUGGGUAUUAAGAUUGAUGUGCAGAAGGCCUAUGACACAUUGUCAUGGGAUUUUCUUUUUGCGGUCUUGAAACGAUUCGGCUUCUCGGAUGUGUGGGGUCUAAAUGGUCUAUUAAAAGAGGGAAAAUUGAAGGCGCUCCCUGGUCCUAGAGGUGCCACUGUUCCCAGUCAUCUGCUCUUCGCGGAUGACAUUUUUAUCUUCAUGAACGCCGGAGCGAAACAUGUUCGAUGUUUGAGAGAGUUCCUGCUUAAAUACCGAGAAUUUUCUGGCAAAAAAUUCAGCUUGGAGAAGAGCAAGGGAUGGCAAGGCAAACUCCUUUCAAUGGCAGGUUGUGCAGAGCUCAUUCGGUCUAUGAUCUCAGGUAUGCCUAUUCAUAAUUUUUCCAUUUAUUGGUGGCCUGAAUCGGUAAUUAAAACGGUGGAGCGUUGGAUUAGGAAUUUCCCAUGGUCAGGGGAUAUUUAUACAGUGAAGAAAAUCGCUGUGAAAUGGGAAGAGGUGUGCCGACCUAAGGAGGAAGGGGGUUUAGGUAUCAGGCGAUUGAGGGAUGUCAACUGUGCGGUGCUCAGCAAACUAGUGUGGCAAAUGAAGCAUGAAGGAUCUGCUUUUAGUUCCUUCUUGCGGGCUAGGUUUGUGAAUGAAGGUGGAGACCUCAAGAAGGGUUAUAAAGCAUCUUCGGUGUUUAAAGGAAUUGCGAAGAUGUUGAACUUUGAAUCUCUAUCUGAGCGUUGGAUGGGAAUAUAUCCUUGCCGCGGGGUUAGAAAGACCGAUGCUGCUGGUCUCUAUCCUCCUUAG